AUGAGCGAUAUGACUAAAAUUCAUGGUCUCAUCGUGGACCGAGGCGGCCAAACAGAGAUUAUUCGCCUAUUCAAAUAUCAUCCUGAUCAAGACGGGGGCGAAAUUCAUCGAGUGGAUAUCGAAAGGGCUCCGGAGGUCUUCGCGUUCUUUACGGAUGCUCUGCUUUCUUUGGUGGGAGGAGACACUGAUACUUGUUUGGCAUUCAAACUUUUGGCUCCAGCAGUAGACGGGUACAUCAGCCGCAGUGAUGCACUCGUCAUGCGCAUGAAAGGAUGUAUAUUAGUUGACUCAGCUCGGAGCUUUUCUUCGCCACUCCAGUAUGUGCAGUCUAUCUCCUCCAGUUUGGAAUCGGUGGAUAUUUUCACCCUGUGCUACAGCGCUGUUGGAGGGGUUUGUGUUCGAGCUCGCAAAACCAAGGACGCCCAAAUACAGCUGCAAGAACUAGAAGCCGAGUUUGUCAACCGUCUCUCGUUUGACUGGGUCUCGCCUGCACCACUAUCAGUCAAGCGUCUAGCGUUUGUGCAAGGCAGGCCAGAUGCUGAAAGUAGCAUUGAGAUGUGGCAGGCAGCGCGGGCUCUCGGUAUCGCACUGGUAAUCUUCGAUAGCGAGUGUCACUGGUUGCAGGACUCCCAAUGGUCCGAAUAUCGUGAGGCAUUCGUACCUGUCGACAUUACUCCCGAUGAAACACUUCCAGAACGAUUAAUCCGCAGUAUUCGCAGCUAUGGAAAAUCUUUUCACGGUAUCUCGACCGUGAGCGACGCUCACCUUGCGGCUGUGGCCAGAGCAGCCGGGGAGCUGGGCCUUGCCACAAAUCCAGCAGAUGCCUACGAUAUUGCCGGUGACAAGUUCCUUACCCGCAAACUCGAGCCUAGUAUUUCCGAGAGCUUCGAGUGUGCGACCGUUGAGCAAGUUCGCAGUCGUAUUGCAGAUGUCACACUUCAGCCGCUGAGAUUUCCUCUCAUUGUGAAGCCAUGCACAGGUUGGGGCAGCGAGUGCGUAAGCCGCGUUGAUAACGAGGCCAUGCUCAUAAAUGCGGUUGCGAAAGCAUGCAGUCGUCAUGUGGGUACUGCAGUUAAUACCAGCUGUGUCGUCGAGCCGUAUAUCUCGGGGCCGGAGUUUGAUGCUAACUUUGUGCUCUUGGAUGGCCAAAUUGUGUUCUCGGAGAUUGGAGAUGACUACCCCAGCCCUGGCGACAUGGGGUCGGUGGAGUCCGCCUCUGACUUUCUCGAGACCCAGGUUGUUGUUGGUACGAGAAGGAUACGGAAGACGUAG